UGGUGAUCUGUACAUCCACCGCCGCCACCGCCGCCGCCACCACCACCACCACCACCGGCUACCUUUCCUUCAUCGCCUUUUCGUCUUCUGAAACUCCGACCUCUCUUUUCAACUGUUAUCUUCCUCUGCAAGCUAUUUUUCAUCCUCCCUAAAUCUCUCAGUGCUUCCACUUAACGCGCACUUCGGGAAUGUGUCGAGCACAGGAGUGGGCUUAUGCAGCCCUUCUGCUCCUGUGCUUCUCGUCGUCGGUACUCCUUGUUGGUGCAGCAAAGCCGGUUACUCGCCCCUCCGAAGUGGACGCUUUGCUCGAGAUCAAGAGAAGUUUGUUGGAUCCUAAUGGGAAUUUGAGUAACUGGAACAGAGGAGACCCUUGCAUUUCGAAAUGGACUGGUGUUCUGUGCUACAGUUCCACAUUGGAUGAUAACUAUCUACAUGUUGUUGAAUUGCGACUUCUAAAUAUGAGUUUAUCAGGAAAUUUAUCACCUGCGCUUGGUCGUUUAUCUUACCUGCAAGUUUUGGACUUCAUGUGGAAUGAGAUAACUGGGGGAAUACCAGGAGAGAUAGGCAAUAUAACGUCCUUAAAACUGUUGCUUCUAAACGGGAACCAGUUGUCAGGUUCAUUGCCAGAAAAUCUUGGGAAUCUUGUACAUUUAGACAGAAUACAGAUUGACCAGAACCAUAUAUCAGGACCAAUACCUAAGACAUUUGCAAACUUAAAAGCAAUAAGGCAUUUCCACAUGAACAACAACUCUAUCAGUGGUGAAAUCCCAUCUGAGCUAUCUGAAUUGCCCAGUCUUAUCCACAUCCUCCUUGACAAUAACAACAUAUCAGGGAAACUUCCACCUGAGUUGUUUCAAUUGCAAAACUUAGAAAUACUUCAACUUGACAACAACAACUUCAGCGGGUCCACAAUACCAGAUUCUUAUGGGAAUAUGAUUACAUUGCUGAAAUUGUAAGUUAUAUUUAAAUUAUUUGUUUCAGUUGGACAAUC